AUGGUCUGUGCCAAUGAAGACACUGAGGCCGCCAAGGGCAACCAGUUUGUCCGCCUUCAGCAAAGUUACAGGCAGAUCGUACGUAUCUUUGCAGGACUUUGUUCUCAUGCCAUUGGUGGUGGUCACUUGGGUUGCAUUGACAAAUUUGCUCCCGUGGUGUGGCGGCUUCGUGGCGAUGAGACAGUCACGGGCGCCCUGUGGUAGGUACGACAGCCGUCCAACGACGUCGUUUAUGGUGGUGAAAACAGCUCGCUAUCUCAUCGUUCUGCACCUGGACUUCUGAUCCAGAAGAAGGUGUAUCAAUCAACGCCAACCGAGAGAGCGGUGUCCUUUCGGGUAGCCUGUGGGAAGGCACGGGAACGGUUGUCGUUUUUUCUUCUAAUGCUCCGAUGGAGUUUGUAUGUCGGCCUACGGAUGGCGAGUUUUAUUGACAAUUUUGACGCACUUCUUACUAGCCCCCUUAUCCGCGAAGGGGUGAGCGGUGCUAUCUCUAAAUAAGACUGCCAAAUUCGUCUAUGGUUCACAACUUUCGCUUAGUGAGAAGAUGACCCAAUGUAGCCUGGACAGUUUACAGGAUUACACAGUGCCCUCUCUGUAAGACUUUCUGUUUCGAGGGUGGGAAGGGUGAAGGAGAACUAGUUUAGGGACUAACAGGCGUUAAAACACACACGCCGAACACCCUCAACUGGUUUUGCCUAUUACUCAAAGACGUUCACCAGAAUGUGGCCGUCAUGCUAAGAGCCACUACAUGAGAUUACGCGUGAGAGCUCGGGGUCGGAACGGGGUGAAUUUAGAAAUGUCCAUCAGGUUCAUAGGUUGACAGAGACAUUCAAUGUACUGUUUACAGGUACUUGUUACCACCAGAGUCUUUUCUCUGCCACCAGGUCCAAUUGGCGUCGCUCAUGCCACGUCUUCGCGCGAGAUAACUGUCGGUGGUGUAUCUGUGGUGCAAUUCCCUCGACAAUGUAAAUUCGUGCAACGUUCGUCCGACCGCAUCGACUAACCCGAUGCUACCGCAGAACUGCAACGUGGGUUCCCACCCACGCCACCCGUCGCUGAGUAGCCACUCCACUGCGGAACCGUCGACUUCCAUCCCUUCGGCUGCCACCGGGAGUAUUAAAGGAUGUCGCACAUGCUAGUGGCAUUUGCUGAUUCAUGCCAGCUGCAUUGCCGAAUAUGCGUUUUUUUUGCUGCCUUUGAGCUGCUGUCCGCAGCCCGAAUUACGCAUUUCAGUCUCACUGAUAUUUGUUGGUCGCUGGGCGACCAUACGUAAUGGCUACAGACCGAAACUGUAUCAAGACAGAUCUCUGAAUGUCAUUUCCAUUUGUCACUCUAAAUUUCUGCGCGAGACUGUUUUCAGUGCAUAUUCCUGGUCUAAAUUACGGCUGAUUACGGCCACACCUUGCCAUUAUUGCAACAAGGCGGGCCCUUGAAUUUGAGCCGCCAUUUUUGCAGCUCUCCAUUCAUGUGUGGAAUUUUAUAAAUUAGACAUUACUCUGCCUAUUUCCUUUCAAUAUAUUUAACUGUUUUACAUCCCUUGUUUGUCUGAACUAAGAUUAUGAGGUCGUCUCUACAGUACGUUAGCACCCUUUUAAAAGUAAUUAAAUCGUCAGUUUCACUAACGAAUGUCCAUGGUACAAACUGCUGCACUUUCCGUCCAAUAUGUCGUAUUUGUGAUCGUUCUGUGCCAAAUUUAUCAAAUUUGCGUCAACAAAAGCCUAUGAAUCGAAAAAAACAGUGGUGUGGCUGGCAACUCGCAUUCAAGCAUCAGCCAAGGAACAAAAUGUCACUUCCAGGCUUCUUGUCAACAAACUGCCGGCCUAUCUUCAACAAAACCCACGAUUUGGAGCUACUUUUAUCGAAAAAAAUCACGAUAGAACUGAAGUCGUUUGCCUUCAAGAGACAUGGUUAAAUGGUGAUAUUCGCUCAACUUAUUACUCCUCCAUCUUUUUACCGAUUAUGAACGGAUAGAAAAUCUUUAUCUUGUGGCAGAGGUGGAAGAGUUGCCGUUUUUGUUAAUCAAAAUUGGUGUAGAGACUGUAAAUGCGUAUUUCCUCACUCUGCUGAUUUGAUAGAUGUCAUCGCUGUUCUAUGUAAGCCCCGUUUGUUGAGUAAUUUUAAAGGCCUUAUAUUUGUUAGUAUUUACACUCCCGCUCUUCCUGUGAAGGUGCUCUAACCCGUUUUUCACGACUUUAUUUCACAAAAACUUGCUAUAUUGUAUAUUGCUAUAUAAUAUCUUAUUCUCUCCUGCGGUGAUUUUACUCGCGUGAAUUUACUCCCCCCCACACUUUAGGCUUCGAUUAUCUUGCCUCCUUCAAUGCUCGCGCAGAUGCCCCUCUUGAUCACAUUCUGUCCAACCACAGCAAGCUUUUUUGCGUUAAAAAUAGAGCUUCGUUGUCAGGUUCCGAUCAUUAUACUUUAUUGGGUCUUCCGAAAAUCUAUUCCACCUUUAACCGUGCACUGUUAGCCAGGCCUGAGAGAAAGGUUAAGGUCCGCAUCACGUCCGCACAAAACAUUCGCCUGCUUCAGACUUGCAUAUCUUAUACUAUCCUUGCCUUCGUUAAAAACUUUAAUGCUGAGUUCUGUUCUUCCAACCUAGUGGUGUUUUAAAAUGAAAUUGUUGAUAUUUGCUGUCCUCUUGAUGCUGUAAUGGUAUGACCGGAUAUAAUUUCUUCUCCCUACCUGAAAUUCUUAAGACGAAAAAAGGACUCCUUUACAAGCUAGGCUUACGUGACGGCCUUAAGGACGUUACCACCUUAAUGAAAACAGAGGUUGACAGGCUAAAUAACCUGUUUGUUAGUCAACUUUUUACCUCUUCUUCCUCCCGCCUUUUCCCUACCUACUCUGUUGAAAUUUGGAAGAAUAUUAAACGUCUCACUGGCCAUCUCAACACACUGCUGCAUGUGGAUGCGGAUUUAGACUCCUUAAAUAAACAUUUUAUCUUUAGUCACAAUGAUUCGCAUCUACCCUCAGAUGACAUUCCCAUAUCAUCAUGUGCCUUCCAACCCAUGUCUGUGGCAUCAGUGGAGAAACACCUUAAAAAGGUACGUGGAUCAACAGCUACCGGACCGGAUGGUGUCUCGCCUUUUCUUCUUAAAUCUUGUUGUUCUCAGAUAGUCCCUAUUUUAACGCACCUUAUUAACAUGUCUUUCAUGGAGUCCAAGAUUCCCGACGCCUGGCGUACAGUAAGAAUCAUUACCAUCCACAGAAACACCGCUAAUUUUGAUCCUAAAGCUUUUCGUCUAAUUGCCUGCUCCUCCACACUAAUAAAGCUUGCUGAAAGAGUUAAACUAAAUAUUAUAAAGCCUUUUUUCUCCCAGUUUUUCCGACCCUCUACAAUAUGCAUACAAAGCCAAACGCAGCACUUUAGAUGCUGUUGCUCUUGUGUUCCACUCUGCUCUAAAAGAAUUAGACAAGGGUGGACGCGAGUACGCAUGCGCUUUUCCUGACUACUCCUCCGUCUUCAAUACCGUCCCGCGCCCUCUUCUCCUUACCAAAACAUCCGCGUGCGGCUCUCCAGGCUGGGUCGUCUCUUGGCUUGGCGAUCAUUUUACUUCGUGCACUCAAUUUGUCCAAUCUGGCAGGCGGAAAUCUAUGGUCCUUCCCGUUGACUGCGGAGUUUUUCAGGGUUCCAUUCUAUCCCCUAACCUUUUAUUCCUCCACACCGAUGAUCUAAGAUUCCCUAACGACUGGCUUUUGGUUAAGUAUGUUGGAUACCCUCUCAAAAAUCGAACACACCUCCAUUCUCUAAAGGAUGGCCUUAACCAUGUCCUAGUAUGGUGGGAGGAAAAUAAUCUCCUAAUGAACAACCAAAAACCAGUUCAUUGUAUUUUCCGACUACGGCCCUCUCCUAGUCCUGAAUCCUCUGACAUCCUUCCUAACGAGGUAUCCUCUUUCAGAUACCUUGGCUUUACCCUGUCUUCAAAUCUUCCAUUUCCCUCCAUUUUGAGGCCCUCUUUACUAAAGUUCGCAAAGUCCUUUAUUCCAUUCGUCGUUUGCGUUCCUACCACACACCUCAACCCUUAAUCUGACGAUUCAUAGAUGUCUGCAUUCUUACUCGUAUCUUAUAUUGCUCUACUGUCGUUUUUCCUGCUUUGAUCAAAAAAGAUCUGUUAAUUUUAGAUCGAGUCCUCCAAAUGCUCCGUUCUGCUGCUGGUGUUUCUUAUCUCUUUUUAGUCGAUAUUAUCCUACAACGGCAUUUCAAUACGGUCAAGCGAUUUGCUGGUCGAAUUCUAGAUGACUUUGCCCAUCCUUUGCAUUCUGAUCUUAUUUCUGCGAAGUCUUCCCACCCGAUGUGCCGCAGCUUCCGACUUACGUCUUGUCGCACAUCGGCUUUUCGAGAUUCUGUGUUGCUAUUCCUGGCGCGCUAUCCUACGUGUGAAGAUAUAUAAAUACAGAAGGUAAGACUUGAACUGCCCCCAUAAUAAUCGUUCCUUUUGUGUUACACUUUUUGACUCUUGAGUAGUCUAUUAACCUAUUUACCGGCCAUAGUGACUGGAGCCAAAUUUUUGUUGAAAAUUUUGAAUUUAUGAUUUCAGAAUAAAGCGAAUUCCUCUACCCCUCUCUCCCUCUCUCUCUCUCUCUCUCAUGAAAACUUAGUGCCUUCACCUGCACUCUUGCUGACCGGUUAGAUGUCCUUGGCAAGGCAAAAUUAAACACUGGGGAUAUAGGCAAUGCAAAUGCAAAAUAUUUAACUUUGAUCAGCAUACUUCAGAUAUUUGUGCGCCAUAGUUCUUGCUUCAGAUUUUUCGUUCAACCAUGCUCGUUCAUCAUAAUUAGCUACUAGGGUUGACUUAGAAAAUCACAUUUGCAGCACGAACGGACUUACCACGUGACGGCCUCUGAAUCAUUCCUGACUUCUUCGUAUGCCGCGCUAACGCCCUCUUUGUCCAGGCUGGCGCUCAUUCUGUGGUUGAGAUUUGGAUAUUCUCAGCGGAAAUGUCUAACAAGAUCAAAAUACUGUCUCAUUACAAUUUCAAUUAUUGUACUAUUGACUCUGUGCUCCAGACUGCUUAGAAAAACCGGAACGCUCUGACGUAUUCUAUUCAAAUUCCCCUUUUUCUUCGUCCCUCCCCCAAAAAACUGUUUCCGAACAGACCCUUUCUGGGCAAAAAAUCGAAACCACAUACUUUAGCUAUGUCUGUUAAAAUAUAACAAGAUUUGCGCACUUUCCUAGUUUUGGCCGAGAGCGGCCGCAUCAUAUUGCAACAGAAAAAAUAACAAAACCGAGAUUUCGGAUGGAUAUAAAACCGCCAAAAGUCUUUCUGGAAGUCGUCUUAUGGAGUGCGAUCCUGAUUGUAAAUAAACUCCUAGUGUGACCGCGAGGAGCCAGUUUGGGUGACAAUACUUUAUUGGACCCAGGCGCCGUUUUUUAUAUUUCAAUUAAAACUCUUUAAAAUGACAAAAGAAGGAUAUGCUAAAAACGAAAGUUGCUGCAACUAUAAACUGGCACCAGAAGGUAGCCACAAAUGCAAAAUUCACUCCAGAAGAAUUCCAAUCCGCAUUUUCGACCCAGAUUUCUGAGACAUGCAAAUAAGUUGUUUACAACUACACUGAAGUCCGCCUGAAGUUGUCAACGAAAAAUGACACCACUAAGCAGUGCUGUCCUACAAGACUGGCACACUUUGAUAAAUUCUAAAAAGCACUGUGGUUUGAAGCUUACCUAGUUAAUCUUUAAACAUUUUGCUCCAGCUCACUGGUGAAAACUCUAGACACGCUGAACACUUCAGAACCCUCAUCAACCGCCCGUCCAUGAUAUCGAACGCCGCCAUCGACCGUCCCCCUCCCUACAAGUUGGAGCAAACAACGACUUUGAUCUCCUGCCGUCCCUCCCAGAAAUAACUCGAGCCGUGCGCCGGAUUUCCGUCUGAAAAGCAGCGGGACCCGAGCCGCUCCCGACUACAGUCUAUAAGCGUGGCAGACCGGCUGAUGAACAAACUCACAACGAUGCGCCAAGAGGUGUGGCGCCAAGGAUAAUUUCCCCAGGAUUUCUAGGACGCGACAAUUGUCCAUAUACUCAAGCAGAAAGUGAACCGGUAACUCUGUGACAAUCAGAGUGAUCUCGUUGCUCGACAUUGCCGGGAAAAUCUUCUCCCGCGUCCUCUUCAAUCGCCUGAAAAUCCAACUUCUCCAGACCGGCUGUCAGCAUCUCAACACUCAAUGAAUGCAGGCGACAAUGCGCGCUUCGACAAACACUUCAUGAAGUCAUCGUUGCGGACAACUGUGCACUAGCUAUUACGACGGAAGCCGCCGUACAAAGAAACAUGGAUCCCUUCGAAUCCAUCUGCGCCAACCUAGGGCUGACCACCAACACGGACAAAACAGUAGUCAUGCGUCAAUCAACACCAGAAGAUGAACACACUACGCCUAACAUGAACGGGAAUGGAAACCAGCUAGUAUUUGUGAACAAAUUCGCCUGGCUAGACAACACUAUCUAAAACCGCACCAUGAUAGACGACGAAGUGACCCACCAGAUCUCAACAGCUAGUUAGGCUUUCGGCUGGCUGCAGGCUUCCGUCUGGAACUGUUACAAACUUUUACUCAAUAGGAAAAUCAAAAUUUGCAGGGUGGUAGCCCUAACAACACUGCUAUACGCGGUGGAUAAAUGAAUCGUUCACACCAACCAAGUCAGGAAAUUUAAUCCCUUCUACAUCAGCUGUCCCCGGAGAAUACUAAAGCUUAGGUGGCAGAACAGUAUCUCAGGCACGGAAGUCUUGGAACGGACCGAAAUCUUCCGCACUCCUUCCAUGCUGAGGCAACUUCAUCUGCGAUGGAGAGGCCACCUCGUAAAGAUGGGCGACGAGUGGUUGCUACAGCGACUCGUCUACGGCGUUGUCACUACGGGUGUUCAUGAACAAGGUGGACAACAGUGACGUUAUGAGAACAGCCUGUGGACCUCCCCUAAGGAUCAACAAAGCAAUCCGGCUACCUUGGAAAACCACUCCCAGCGCAGACCGGCCCGGAGAAGUGCAGUGGAGACUGAAGCAGAAAUCUACUAAGCCAACCGGAUUGCCACUGCCAAAGUCAAAAGAGAAGCUCGUAAAUCUCAAGCGCCUCCAGUCCACAGCCCCAACUCCCAACCACUUCCAAAAUGCCCACACUGUCAGCUAACAUUCCGCGUUCGGAUCGGUCUCCAGACCCAGUACAGCAAAAUCCUAACGACCCCACCUGCUGCCUCCACAAGCCCCCCUUCCCCAUAGUCACCACCUACCGCAACCCCCGCGACUGCGAUCACCAUCAGCGCCGAUGCGCACCACAGCCUGCCCCAUUGCCGCUACGCCGCUUCCCUCCCUCGCGGCGCGAAUACCACUCCCCCCACUCACACCACCACCGACGAAAACAUUGCCGACGCCCCGUCAACCGCCAUGACUACCACAACCACCACCAUACACAUCAAGUAG